AUGGAUCCAUUCAACUGUACCUUGCAGACAUGUUCAAUAGAGUACGCAUUCACUCAAUACCAGCCAAACAUUGCCGCCAAUUCCGUUUACCUCGUGGUAUUCUCCAUUUUCCUCGCCGGCCAGGUUGUGCUGGCCAUCUGUUGCAAAUCAUGGAGCUAUAGCGGCUUGAUUAUAUGUGGCAUGAUUCUGGAGAUACUGGGGUACAUCGCUCGGAUACUCAUUCAUACGAACCCAUUUUCGUUUCCUUACUUCCUCAUGAAUCUCACAUGCAUUGGUCUCGGUCCCGUCUUGUUUAGCGCAUCCAUCUAUCUCUGUCUAAGUCAUAUCGUGAUUCUCUAUGGCGAGAAACUGUCCUUAAUCCGGCCCAAGACAUACGUCUUGUUUUUCCUAUGCUGUGAUGUUGCUUGUCUAGCACUGCAAGGUGCCGGCGGUGCCGUCACAUCCAUAGCAGUCCAUAGUGAGCAACUUCGACAGGUCGGAACUCGGAUCUUGAUAGCCGGCCUUGCCUGUCAGGUCGGAUCUUUGGUUGCUUUUAUAACAUGCAGCAUUUUAUUCUUUGUGCGCGUGAUGAACAGCCCGCAGCUGCGACGCAAAGACACGGAACAGUUACGGCAAACGAGGAAAUGGAGAUAUUUUCUCUGCGGGCUGGCCACAGCGGUCACAACCAUUCUCACGAGAUCCGUCUUUCGAGUAAUCGAACUGAAAAAUGGUUUUUCGGGCGGUCUGGCCAACGAUGAGGUGGCUUUUAUGAUCCUGGAAAGUCUGAUGGUUGUCAUUGCGUGCAUACCCUUGACAACUUUUCAUCCAGGGCUUUUAUUUGGCGACCUUUGGUAUAAAUCCAGUUUCUUCUCACGUCGAAACGAGCCAGUGCUCGAGGAAAUAUAG